AUGCGAAACUACCCAGAUGACACUUUGCUGGUUCAUAUGAACAUCCCCGGCACCCAUGACAGCGCAACGUGGAACUACACACAAGCGUCGCAAGAUGCGAUGAAAGGCAUCACCGACCUCAACGAGAUCAAUGUCCCAGCGCCGGAGGCAUUUCGCUGCCAAGAAUUACCUUUGAUCUACAUGCUCAACAUGGGGAUUCGCGCGUUUGACUUGCGUUAUGCAUUCGACCCAACGAACACUAGCUUGGUUUUCUAUCACAAACAAGCUCUACUCUCGGAAACAGCCACCGUUGGCGAUGUAUUGUAUGGGGUCUACCAAUGGCUGGACGAUCACCCAUCCGAGACAGUCUUUCUCUCACUGCAGUAUGAGAGCUCGACAGCCCUCCACGCCUCGAACGACGCGGCCUUGCAACGGCUGCUGCACAAGACGCUAACAUCCCCAGCCGCCCGACAAUACUUUGUCCAAACCAAAGACAAGCUGGGAAAACUAGGCGACGCACGUGGCAAGAUCAAUCUGUUGCGUCGUUUCGAUCUGGACAAGUUACCGCAAACCUACACGACCACACUGCCGGGCCUGCAUUUCUCGCCUAGUCUUUGGACUGAUAACGGUCCUGGGAUUGAACUGGUUUACAAUACCGCGGAGAACCUGACAGCUUACAUCGAAGACUACUACCAGCCCCUCACUCCAAUGGGGUCCGAUGCAAAGGAGAAUAUUCAGUGGAAGUGCAAUGCUACCGUGAAACACAUCGAAAAAGCCACGACGCAACAUCCGGAUAAUUUGUUCUGGACUUUUGCAUCCGCCACGAAUACCCCGAACGAACCUCCAAUUUGGCCUCGCAUAAUGGCCUUGGGGAACGGCACGGAAUAUACUGCAGAAGGUGGAGUCAACCAGUUCCUGGUUUCUUUCCUGAAAGGACAGCAGGGAAAGCGGGUGGGAAUUGUGAUGUUCGAUUUCUUUGAUCAGCCAGCCGAGCUGAUUGAUACCUUUUUGGGAUUGUAG